AACUGGCAACUCUUAACCCACAGACAGCGCAACCAACUACGCAGAAAAUCAAUACACCGUGAUGUAUUCGCCUUUUUAAAAUGAGAACGUGACAAAACAUUAAUUUAAUUCAUCGAAGAAACCACUUUUAUUUAAAAAAAAUAUCUGUUGAGACUUGAUGCUCAUUUUUUAUUUAUUUACAAAGUGAUGAGUAUUCUCAUAGUUACGGCGUGGUAGAACUUUCUGCGCGUAGAUUAUCAGCUUUUCCUUCAAAUUAUAAACUGUUACAGAUUCUUGUUGAGUAAGGUCAAGGAUAUAUUCAUUAUACACCAACAUAAUUGUAAGUUAAAAUGGAAGAAAUGAAUGGGGAUCUUUAUGGGGGCGGUUUAGUAAGUCUAGGAGAUGAAGGUUCUUUGGAGUCCACCGACAAUGGCAAACAAGAGCAAAAUUGUAAAAUUUGCGACAAUAAGCUAUGCAGUCCUCGUGUUUUGUCUUGCCUUCAUGUAUUUUGUGAAGCUUGCAUUGACAAGUUGAUGGUUAAUGAAGCUGGAGAUUCUCUCAAAUUUGAUUUGGCUGUGGAAUGCCCAAUAUGCAAACAAGAAACCAAGAUACCUGGAGGUGGAGCUGCAUCCCUUCCUUCCGAUUAUGUGCUAACCAACAUUUUGGAUGUGUCUGCUAUGGACCAGUCUGUUGUAUGCACUUGUUGCAAGAGCAAGGAACCAGCUGUUGCUAGAUGCACUGAUUGCUCUCAUUUUUUGUGCUCCAACUGUAAUUCUGCUCAUGAAUUUAUGAGAUGCUUUGAAAACCAUAGGGUGGUACCAUUUGAUGCUCUGAGGUCCUCUAAGGAGAAGUCCGCUGUGCAUAAGCCCAUAUUUUGUGCUCGCCAUGCAGGGGAAAGUCUGAAGUAUUAUUGUUGCGAGUGUGAAGUUGGUGCUUGCACUGAAUGUCUUACUGUGGAUCACAAAGUUGGAGAACAUCGUUGCGAGAGAAUUGUUGAUGUCGAGCCUAACUUACGUGCUGAAUUAAAGAAUUUCAUUGUGGAAGCCAAUGCCCGCGCUGCUACAGCAGGAAGUGCUUCUGCCAGGCUUGAUGAUGCACUCGGAGAUCUGCAACGUCAAAGAGAUGAAGCCGAAGGUGUAAUCAAUGAUGCUUUUCAUGCUUAUAAAGCUGCAUUAGAAAGAUGCCGUGAAAAGGCUCUUGAAGAACUUGAGCGUUUACACAAGGAAAGAGAACUCAAGGUUAUGGAUCUCUUUGAUCGAGUCGAUAAAACUGUUCAGCGCAUAGAUUGUGCUUGCAAAUUCGCGGCUAGACUUCUUCGUCGCGGGGAUGGUACAGAAAUUGUGAUGUUAAAAAAGACAGUGGCCUCCCAGUUCGCUCGUUUGCUGGAGGGAGCACCAGAAUUCGAUGUUGAUUAUUCAUUGGAGUUUGUUACAAAGAUGGAUAAGUUUGAUGCUAUUUCAGAAGAAACUUUCGGAACAUUCCGUACAGAAGCAACUCGCGCUGAAGAAAGAAAACGCGCGAGUGAGUCGUCUGCUAUUGUAUCAGUGACUUCGAAUUCUCACUCUCCUGCUGUUUCCGUGACUAACGCUCCCGUUUUUGAUGAUUACCCGAUGGGAGGAGUCCGCCGUGUCACUGGGGUUUCUGGUGUUGGAAGCAUGGUGGGAGUGUCCGGGGUGCCAGCUAUCGGAGUACCGGGGGUGGGUGCAGUAACUGGAGUAGGUGUCACUAACACUAGUGUCAUCACUGGUGGUGUAAACAUCAAUAGUGUGCCGGGAGUCGGCGGUGGAGUACCGGCUUUGCCAUCUAUGGUCGAGUAUAAUUUGCAGCAGUUGGCUAGCAUUGCCGAAAAAGACGUACCACCACCUCCCCAUGCUUCUCCAGCACCAACUUUCACUCUCGCUGAACUACUAGCUGGUGAUCUGAACUCUCCUCAGGCCUACAACAAUUUGCAAGCUCUUGCUAAACUUGGAUUAAAUACUGAAGUAAAUGGCUUUGGAGGUGUCGGCGGAAUUGGUGGCGUUGGUCCUCGUGGAGUGUCUCCGGGAAGACCUUUGCUAACCGCGGCUGAGGAGGCAGCACUUGUGCCUCCUCCAGCUCCACUUGUACGAGCCACUAAAGCUACUCCGAUGCACAUUAGAUUCAAGUUUGGCCAGCUGGGAAGUGGCAAGGGUCAGUUUAAUUCCCCUCAUGGAUUUUGCCUUGGAAACGACGAAGAUAUUAUUGUUGCUGAUACCAACAAUCAUCGCAUUACGGUGUUUGAUAAGUCUGGAACUUACAAGUUUAAUUUCGGAAUUGCCGGAAAAGAGGAAGGCCAACUGUGGUACCCACGUAAAGUGGCGGUUGUUCGAGCCACUGGCAAGUUCGUGGUCUGCGAUCGUGGCAACGAGAGAUCCCGCAUGCAAAUCUUUACCAAAAAUGGACACUUCUUGAAGAAAAUUGCUGUACGUUUUAUCGAUAUUGUUGCUGGAUUAGCAGUAACUGCUGAAGGUCUCAUCGUGGCAGUGGACAGUGUAACCCCAACUGUAUUCAUCUUAUCUGAAGAAGGUGACCUCAUGAGCUGGUUUGAUUGCAGUGAGUGCAUGAGGGAGCCGUCUGAUAUUGCUAUUAGUGGCAAGGAGUUUUAUGUCUGCGAUUUCAAGGGGCACUGCGUGGUUGUUUUCGAUGAUGAAGGGCGUUUCUUACGCCGCAUUGGAUGUGAGAAUGUGACAAACUUCCCGAAUGGCAUUGACGUGUCUGACGCCGGUGACGUGCUCAUUGGCGACUCGCACGGCAACAAGUUUCAUGUCGCAGUUUUCUCUCGUGACGGCGUUCUCGUCACUGAGUUCGAGUGCCCCUAUGUCAAGGUGUCUCGUUGCUGCGGAUUGAAGAUAACAUCUGAAGGUUAUAUUGUCACUCUGGCUAAGAAUAAUCAUCACGUUCUAGUCCUCAACACCCUUUAUAUUGUCUGAGGAGUAACUCGAUGGCUGUAAGUCUGCAUACUACAAGAUCUCACAUUUAUUCCCUAUAUUUUAUAUUAAUUGCUGUUUUUACAAAGCUUAACAUUUUUUGCUAAACCAGUAUUUGACUACUUAUUUCGUUAUGUUGUGUUAAAUUUCAUGUUAGUCUGAUAUUUUAACACUCUGUCCAUGAGCAGUGAACUAUAGUGAUCCUAAUUUCGGUAUGCUUCGUGAUUUUUUGUUUUAUGGCAUUCUAGAUUUAGCGACACUAUAUUUUUAUUCACUGCCGUGGAUAGACUUAAGUCAUUAUUAUUUCCAAAGUACUGAUACUUGCGUAUUGUUUGGGUUUUUGUUCAUCUGUCAUUAUUAUUAUUAUUUUAUAAUUGCAUUUAGUUCUAGAAAUGGAAAAUCCAAAGGUUAGUAUAUAAUAUUCAACUUCUAUUUUUUUUUUUCGUUAUAGUCCCAAUUUAUCAAUUUUGUUAUAUUUGGUCAUGGAAGAUCAAAGUUUCGGAAUUAUUUUAUAUCUGACUAAAAAGUACGAAUACUAAUGAAGCGGGUAGAAACGGACAAUUAUUAUUUUUGAGUAAAAUGUAAGCUUCAAUAUACUAUAGUCAACUUUACUAAAUUCAGAUAUAUCCGAGACUUCAACUUCUCGUAGUGGAACAACCAUAACCAAAUUUAACUUAACAAUUCCCAUCGACAGGACUUUAAUUUGUUUUCUAAAUUUUAGCAGCUGGUAUGGUUCCUAGUUCGAGUGAAGUUUAAACGUGUCAAUUAGGGGACUGCGUGGGUGUGUCGCCUCAUUAAACAUUGAUUUGAUUCGAAUGUUAGCCCAAUAUACGUACAUUUGUUUUAGAUAUUAUUGAUUUUGUUGGAUAUCAGUCAUUUGCAGAAUGAGAACAAAUAUGAACGCACAAUUGAGUUUGUUAAAAGUAUAAAAUUUGUCUCGUCAUGACCAAAGGAGGCGACACCAUAAUAACGUGCCAUCUAGUUUAGGUUAAUCUCGUAUACAAUAUUAUAUAUUGUCCGUUAAAAUAUAUUUACCAUUUACAGAAUUCUUGUGUCUAUACAAAAUGUUUUUCGUGUACUCUUGUUUUGAGAGCCUAUUACAUAUUUGAAAGAUUUUUCAUGAGUAGGCAUUACAGUGUACAUUGUUAAGAGUUGGUUUAUUAUAAGUAAAUAUCUUAAUGAUGAAUUGUAAUGCAUGCUGUAUUAUUAGAAACCGCAAAAAAUAACAUUGCAAUAAUUUGUACAACAUGUAAUUUGGAUAGUUUAAAUUUAAUGUAGAAAAUUAGUUUAUCUGGCAUUUUCUUGUAUAUAGCGAGCCACUUAAAGUAAAUAGUGAUGCAAGCUUGUUUUAGUGCAUUUAUGUUGUUGUUUAAAUAGUUGCUCACACAUAUACGAAUUUAUUUGCAGUAAGCUCCAAUAUCAGUAUUUCAUUGUCACUAAGAAAGGAAAGCAUUAUAUAAACCAAAGCACCUUGUAUUACUUGUUAUGUACAUGAAUUUGCCAUCAUAAAACGUUUCUACUAUAAUACGUUCGAUGGGUAUACAGUUCGCCAAAUUAUAUAUUUUUAUAACUAUCCACAUUUAUAUUCAAAAUUGAGAAUUCAUAGUUUUAGAUAGUAGGUACAAAUGCGGUUUAAUGAAGCGAUACCAUAUUUAGAUAUAUUCACAAUAUACAUCAUAAUUAUAUUAUUGUCCCUUAUUAGGUUUCCUAAAUGUAGUGUUAGGAAAUGGGACAUUGUCUUAUAAAAUCCCUAUUAUUAUAUAAUAUGGUAUCAAAUUUGUAAUACAUAAGUAAUGGUCAGAUACAAUUUUACCUUAUACCAUAAACAAUUCCAGGGAUCCAUGGUCUUCCAAAUAUAAUUAGACUAUUUGAACGAAUUAUCAGACUAAAAACCGUUCGUUUCUUCUACUGUUUUCGUGUCACGACCGUUUAAAUGCGAAAUUACUUAUCCUUACUUGGUACAUCCAUAGAUAAUCUUUCAAAGUUAAUUUAAUUAUUCAAAAAUUCUAUAGCCGGAUGCAUUGUGUUGUACAUGACCAUUAUUUUGUUUUACUUAAAAACUCUUUGGAAAUAGUACUUAACCAGACCACCUAAAAUUAAGUGUGAUAUUUUACCAAUAUUGUUAAUGUCAGUUUUAAAUGCUCUCUAGUUAUUUGGUUUGAUUUGUUUACAUUUUAAAAUAAUUUAAUUCCUCAAUUUCAAAAUAGUCUUGCAUCUCAUUAAAAAAAAAACACAUGUUACUAAAUUGUAAUUAACUUUUAAAUAUUAAUUAGUUAAUAGUCAGGCACUCUCUUCGUAUUGCUGAGCCAUAUAAUUUAUACUGAAUAAUAAAAACAUAAUUGAAGAGUAACAUGUAUAAAUAUGUGUACUUAAUUAGAAAUAGGUAUUUAUUUUAUGUAUUUGUUGUGUAUUGGAGCAGUUUUACAAUAUUCGAUACGCAAAAUUAGAUGUGAUAUGAGCAAUAAUAGAGAGACAUAAUGAACCAACAUUUUAAGACUUACAUGACUCAAUAUUUUGAAAGACACGAGCAAAGAUUGAUGCGUGGGGUGAUGAGCAACGCCGGUCUUUGGAAGCCAGUGAUAAGUUAAAUUUUGACAUUUGAGUCUGAAUCCUCUAUUGAUUAGUGAGUAACUUUUGGGUUUAUUUUUCAUAUUGUUUUUAAGUUAUUUGUUUCAGGAUUUUUGUCCCAAUAGUAUUAGGGAAUUUUAUUUUCUUUAUUUUAACUAGUUUAAAACGAGUCUACAUACCCCUCGCGGAUGAGCAGGUGUGAUUAAUACUCUGAUUUUGUCGGUUUUAUUGUUUUGUUUAAUUAUAUGUUCCGGGCCUAUAUUAUAUAAAUAGUAUUUUUGGCCAGUGUGUUUAGGCCUUUAGAUUUACGAAUUUUUACUGCCAAAUUAUUUUCUUACGAUAUUUGUGCAUGCACAUAGUAAUUAUUUUAUUGUAUAAUAUUUGUAAAAAUUAGUUAUUAGUUGUUGCCAAUUUUUGUUUUAUUAAUAUUCAGGGUUUUAAUAUUAUGAUGUUCAAUUUUAAUUCGUUGUCAUUGAUCAAAAUUAUUGUGUGUUAGUGAAGUAAAAUUAACCGAAAUAGAACUUAUUAUUGCCCCAAGGGGAGCGUUUGACGCUAUUAAUAAUAUUGCUUUAGGGUUGCAUAAAAUUAUUAAAAAGUGGUGUGAUAAGUUUUGGAUAAUUUUACAAAUUAUACUAUUUUAUGUGUGAAUUCCAAUAUUUAAAAUUUGAAGUCAAAUAUUUCAAUAUAUCCGUUUUAAUUUUCAAUGUACAUUUUACUAUUGCUUUUAUUUAAAAAGUAUUAACUUGUCAACCCCGUUGACCCCCCGUUUAUCGUUAAUUUCGGUGAUAGACACACUUUCCUCUUUUCUUGCCAUGUAUUUUAUGUAGGGAUCAGCGUAGAAAUGUUUAGUAGGUACUAGUAUUUUUCAAUUGAUAUACACACAUACAGUAUCACAAGUUUGCCUAUAUGGUGGUGUUGUUUAGAGAUGUUUAUUAGUGGUUGGCGCGGGCCGCGGCGGUUAUUCGUCGCGUCUGCUUGGCUGUAUAAUUUGCCGUAGCGAGUAAGCACUUUGUCAUGGAUGAAUGGCAGUCAAAUGGUAUCUAUUGUCCAUUGACAUUACUUGAUAAUAAUUGUAUCAUUAGAGUACAUUACAGUAGCCUUUCUCGGGAAUCUUAAAAGUUACCUAUAUACACUUUAAAGCAAUUUUUGGUAAAGAUAUUUCUCUUGAAUCUAUAUUCCCUUAUGUAUCCAGCAAUAAAUUACUUCAGUAGUUGUGUAGUAUCACUUUAUAUGGCACUGAAAAUUGCAGAUUUCCUUGUAUAAUUAGGCUCUUAUUUGGAUCGCCACGUGUUGUAGAGAUGAACAUGUCAAGGACUUUUGCAUACUUGGUGCCAGGUAAUGUGAUAGAGUGUAGGGUUCGCAGCGCACAAGGUGAGCUCUAAUGUUACCCUCCCUAUUGGAGGUGGGCGUAUUGCCUAUUAGUGGCACCAAGCACAGCUCGACGGUUGCGGUGGAGUAUUGUGGCAUUACUAUUCAAUUUUGUUCAACUUUGAACCGUGGGUGGGAUUAAGAUUAAUUAAUUCUAUUAUACUUUAUUAUUUUAUUUCGAAAUGAUUCCAAUUAAUAAUUGAAAGACGGCAUGCUCAAACGAUAAUAUAUUUUAUUUUUAACCUUUCACCCACUUAUCCGAUAUAAUCUCCACUGUUCUAAAACAACAUAAAUAAUAAUAAGGUUGUGAGCUCUAUUCCAAUUGGAAUUUUAAGCCACAUGUGUGCUUGUGCAAUAAAUAUCACAGUUUGGAUCUAGGCUUUUAAAUUAUUAUAGAUUAUAUACAUUGUUGAGCUGAUUAUAAAAAUUUAAUAUAUUAUUAUACCUUUUAAUAUUGUUAAAGAAUUCUAAUUGCAUUCCACAUCUUAGAGUGAACGAAUUUGAGAUGACCGUUUUCAGUCUACAUUAUACAAUUUUUUUUUUACAAUUGUAGGAUUAUUAGCAGUUGCCAAUGUUUUCCUUUAGUCAGUAAAAGUACAAAUAUUUUAAUAUACAAUCUUGGUAUUUACGUAUUGUAGUGAUCUUAUUUUUUGAUUCUAUAACUAUAAGCAUAAUUUUUUUCUCUUAAGCGGCCAUUCAGAUAUUUCUUCAUCUCACAAAUUAUUCAGUAAACAACAAAACAUAUCAUACCGAAUCAAUUCAGUUUACAUAGAAAUUGUCUGCAACUCCCGUGAUUUUAUUCUCCUCGUUUAGAUGUUAUUAAAAUGGCUAUUUCUUUUGUUUCCAAGGUAGAUAUAAGUAUAUUCUAAGUUACACUGUCUUAUGUUCUUGUCAUUUUAUGUUGAAAUGUGAAAUUUAUUGUCAUAGUUAGUGUGAAAGGUGCAAGUUCCAAAUGCAUAUUUUAAUUUUGAUCCAAAGAUUUCAUUAAUUCCUUAUAAUUUAAUUAUUUAAUUCUCAUUUUGCGGAAAUGACAUUUGUGGAGUAUGCAUUGGUAUUUGAUACUAGGAGUAACAUGAAUUAUUCUGUAGAGUUGGUGCAGCCGAGCAAACCUCUACUAAUAUUCUCUUAAGAAUAUAUUGCUCAAUAAUUUAAUUCUGUUAAAAGUAUUUUAAAUCUAGUUGUAGUCCACCGUGUUUAGUAUGGAUGUGGACUCCAAACACGAAAUUAUAUCUAACAGACAAUACCCUCCGUGAACAUUUGAAAUAAAUUAAAUGUUGAAGUUUUAUUAGAUGUAGUUGUUUGCCUUCACGGCGGCUUGCCGCAGAGUGCAAGCUGCAGGGGCGCCAGCAGCAUCAGCACAUGGGAUUGCCAGUGGCUCUGAAACCAUUAUACUAUACUGCUCGUUUCGUAAUAGCACAACACAAGCUUUGUCCGCAUAGGUCCAGUUUUAUCCGACAUAUCUUUCUCCUCAAAUAUGUUCUUUAAAUGUUAAACAUUUGGCAGUUUAUAUAAUGUCUUCAGUAUAACUUGUGUGAUGGUGUUGACUGUUAUUGUACUAUUUAGCCCCACAGUCAACGAAAAUUGUUAUAUAAUCCAUACAGGAGUCUCUGCUGCAUUGUGCCUAGAUCUUAGAAGUUAAUGGUAUCAAGGUAGAGUUAAUCUCAAAUAUUUUGGCUCUUUGAAUAUUCCAUGAUAUUAUUUUUGUUUUUCAUGAAAAUGUAUUUACAUUAUAUACAUACACCUAGAUUAUUGUAUACAAUAUGAAUAUACAUUGCGUGGUUUGUAACUUGAUGUUUAAUUAUUUUAUCGUAAAAUUAAGAUGCCCAACUGGUUCUCUGUCCACACCUACGAAGAUGUGGAGGAAUUGAGUGUAUUCGAUAAUUAACCUUAUAUUAUUCAAUGUAACUGAUGAAUAGUUAGAUGUUUUUCGUGGACAGAAGUAGAAUUUUAUUUGUUUAACUAGUUGCACAUCUUACUUUGACCAAAUUCUUUUACCCGCUGAAGUUACUUGAAAAUUUGGAUGAUUGCCAUUUUGCACUCUUUCUUUACCUUUAUUUGAUGGCAAGUGCAAAUUGUCACGUGACCUUAGCGGUUUAUUAAUAAUUAUAAGUUUAUUAACGUGAACUGUGGCCAGGAUAACAACAGCAGAGCAGUGUAAUUCAGAGCCUGCCUAAAAUAUAUUUUUGUCAUGAUUUUAUUUAGGUAUAUACAUGUUAUUAUUCACAUAUUACAGUUUUCUCAAUAUUAGCUUGUAUUUUAAUUAAGAAAUAAUCAUAUUUAACAUUGCCAGGUGAUCAGCAACCUGCACUUUAAUAUUUUUGGAAACUAUUGAACUUAAAUUGUACUGACUUUAUAAAUAUAUUUACUUCAAUAAAGAUUUUCCAUGCCACUAAAAA